CGCUGAUUCCCGCUCUGUAUAUACUUCUUAAACCUCGCCACUGGUGCUGCAUCGACAAGUCUCAUCUCCACCUCCCGACCCCACCCAGGAGCGCAUGUCAGAAACGGCCCCUCUCCUCCCGCCGCCGACGACGGCGGCGCACGCCCCGUCCCUUGCUCAGCGGGUACGCCGCUCGCUCUCCGCUGAGGACGACUGCCACCGGCCCGCGUUCCGCAGAUGGGCGCCAUACGUCCUCAUCCUGCUCGUCGGCCUCGGCGCCGGCUGGGGCGCAGCGACUGGCUACCACCAUGUCCGCGGGCGCAAGGACGACGGGCCGAUGGUGCCGCCCAUCUACAAGCUGCCUCCAACCGAGCUCACGCCCCCUCCCCAGCCCACAGGCCUGCCCCGCAACCCGGCAUACCUCCUUGGUCCGGGCCGCGCAGCGGUCGCGUCAGAGGACAAGACGUGCUCAGAGCUCGGUCUCACGAUCCUAAAGGAGAAAAACGGCACGGCAGUCGACGCGGCGAUCACGACGACGCUGUGUAUCGGCCUCUUGAACGCAUUCAGCUCGGGUAUCGGCGGCGGCGGCUUCGCGCUCGUCUCACUCCCCAAGGGGCAGAGCUACGAUACCGAGUCAGACGUCGGCGACGAUGUGCAGCUGCUUAUCGGUGACCGGGACAAGGCGCGGGACGCGCGCGUCGUCGCGGUCGACUUUAGGGAGACCGCCCCGGCCGCCGCCACGAAGGACAUGUACAAGAAUGCGGGGCGAUACGCGUCGCAGGUGGGCGGGCUGGCGGUCGGCACGCCGGGCGAGCUGCGCGGCCUGGAGCGCGCGCACAAGAUCUACGGGCGCGUCGAGUGGGCCGAGCUCGUGCUUCCUGUUGCGCGCCUGGCUAGGAGUUACCAGGUGAGCCGGGAGCUCGCGCGCCGGAUCCGCACCUACGGCGCGUUCAUGCUCGCCGAUCCCACCUGGGCGGCCGUAUAUGCCCCCCGGGGCCAGCUCGCGAUCGAGGGAGACUGGAUCGCGCGCCCGACGUACGCCGACACGCUGGAGGUUAUCGCGCGCCAGGGCGCUUCGGCUCUGUACGAGGGCGAGAUUGCCGAGGACAUUAUCGACACGGUCAAGGCGCACGGCGGUAUCCUCACACACAAGGACCUGCAGGGAUACAAGGAGAGAGUGUACCCCGCCAUCAGUGGCACUUUUGCCGGCCAGGACAUCUACACUACCGAUGCGCCCGGCUCGGGUGGCGUCAUGCUCGGCAUGCUCAACAUUCUUGAUGGACUAUCUCACACGCACAACCGCUCGGGCUGCUGGGACGAGUUGUCGGCGCACAACACGAUCGAGGCGAUGAAGUUUGCGUUUGGCGCGCGGUCAGAGGUGACCGACCCCAAGUUUGCGACCAACCUCACGCGGCUGGCCGAGUUCCGGACCAAGGCGUGGGCCGACGAGCAGCGCAAGAAGAUCACAUACUCGACCCACGGGCCAGGAUACUACGGCCUCGUGCACGACACGCCGCUCGACCACGGCACGACGCACCUGUCCGUCAUCGACCAGUGGGGCGGGGCCGCGAGCGUCACGUCGACCGUCAACCUCAUCUGGGGCAGCCACGUCAUGUGCCCCAAGACGGGCAUCAUCCUCAACGACGAGCAGGACGACUUUGCCGUGCCCGGCGUGCCGGACGCGUUUGGCCUCCAGCCCAGCCCGUGGAACUACCCUGCGCCCGGGAAGCGGCCGCUGUCGUCGACGGCGCCGAGCGUCGUGUUCGACAAGAAGGGCAACGUGCGCGCCGUGCUCGGCGGCUCGGGCGGCUCGCGCAUCUUCCCCUCGGUCGCGCAGGUGCUCCUCAACCUCCAGUGCGGCGACGACAUCUCGGCCGCCGUCGAGCGCCCCCGCCUGCAUAACCAGGUCUCGCCGGUGAUUACCACGCUCGAGGUCGGGCCUGAGCGGCCGGCGGACGCGUGGCUUGCCGCGCUCCGCGCGAGAAACCACACGAUCGGCGAGUUUGACAUCAACGUCGGCGCGAGCGAGGUCCAGGCCGUGCUUGUCGACGCCAAGGGCCGCGUCUUCGCCGCCAGCGAUAGUAGGAAGAGUGGCGUCGCAGCCGCCUACUAA